UUUAUGUUCAUCUAUCCCGCACCAUCGUACCGACCCUUUAUGGUAAUCAUCAUUGCCAAGGAUCUGUAAAAUAUAUCAAUACUUCCUGCUAGCCUUCCUGGCAGCCGAACCACUGGUAGGGAGAUACAUGUAUCAUUCAAUCACGAACGUCAUUCCGACUGAGGAUUAUUCGAAAUGGCCUACUUCCAGAAUUUCCUAACUACGCUACUGCUUUUUCAGUGCUAUCAGUCUUUUCCAGGGGCCCUCGCCGGAUUCGAGGAGACUCUUGUCGCAUUUGAACCUUCAAUUGGUGCAAUAGAGAUUCAGGAUGCCGUCAUUUUGCGCGACGAUUCCGAUCCCUUUGGCAUCGCCAUUGCCGUUGGCAGCCUAGCAGAUGACUUUGAGCAGAUCACUGGGACACGACCGUCAGUGAGGGCCUGGGCAGGCGAUAACAGCACGACUAGUGAGGUAAAAGUUGCGUCAGAAUCAGCUAUCAUUGCCGCGACGGUUGAUUCCCCGCUGAUGCGACAGUUGGAGAGUUCAAGGAAACUGAACUUGAGCAGCAUCCGGGGCAAAUGGGAAACGUUUGAAACGACUCUUGUGGCGCAACCAUUGCCAGGCGUCCAAAACGCCCUGGUAAUUGCAGGAAGCGACAUGCGAGCUGUGUUCUUCGGCAUCUUCACCUUGUCUGAACAGAGUGGCCAAUCACCGUAAGCAUCUGGAACUAACUGGACUGAUAGCGCCCCUUUGGCUAUAACUUACUAAUUUACGCGAUAGUCUAUACUGGUGGAAUGAUGUGCCUGCGAAAAAGCAUGAUAAAAUCUACGCCAUCAACAAGACGCUCACGUUUGGCGAGCCCACCGUCAAAUAUAGAGGUAUCUUUAUUAAUGACGAGGCGCCAGCCUUGACGAGUUGGUGGGCUCAACGAUCACGCCGAGAAGACUACACCUUGGAUUCCGAGUUUUACGAGCGCGUCUUUGACCUCCUGCUGCGCCUAAGAGCCAAUCUCAUUUGGCCGGCUAUGUGGGGAAGUUUUGUUCCAGCUCCUGGCCGCAUCUUCUUUACAGACGAUCCUGGAAACAUGGCUUUGGCAAACGAUUAUGGUAUCGUCGUCUCAACAAGCCACCAUGAACCCAUGCAAAGAGCAUCGAAUGAAUGGAAGCAAAGUAAGAAUGGGGCUUGGGACUGGGUCGCUAAUAAGGGCAAUGUCGUCGAAUUUAUGCGCGAAGGUGUUCGAAGAGCAGGCGGGAACGACACAUACUUCACCCUCGGCAUGCGUGGAGAGAACGAUGGGCCUAUCCAGGCCGAUGAUCCCAUAGCUGUUUUGAGAGAAGUCUUUACUGUCCAACGAAAUAUUCUCGCCAGCUUCUACGGAAACGAAACGGCUGCUCGACAAAUCUGGACUAUCUACAAGGAGGUUGCAACUUAUUACGCAGCUGGUCUUGAGCCACCUGAAGACGUCACACUGAUGUUCACGGACGAUAACUGGGGUAAUGUUCAGAAGCUUCCAAACGCCAAGGAACUUGACAGAUCGGGUGGUAUCGGAAUGUACUACCAUUUCGAAUAUGUUGGCCGUCCAAAGAGCUGGAAGUGGCAGAACUGCAACAAUCUACCCAAGAUAUACAAGGAACUCUUCCAAGCCGCGCAGGCAGGGGCGAAUCGCGUCUGGGUCUUCAAUGUUGGUGAUAUAAAGCCAGUCGAACUCCCACUGAAUAUGGCCAUGGAUCUUGCGUGGAACGCCACCCGCUUUGAUCUGGAUUCUUUGCCCGAUUAUCUUCAGUCCCUAGCUGCCCGUGACUUUAGUCUCGAGCAUUCCGAAGUUAUUGCUUCUGCCUGGCUGGCAUAUAGUCACCUGGUCGGCAUGCGGAAAUUCGAGAUGCUUGAGCCAACUACGUAUUCGAUAACCAAUUAUGAGGAAGCUGACCGCAUUCUUGGAGCGUGGAAAGCUCUAGGUGACAGAGUCAGAGCGAUUGAGGCCAGCUUGCCACAAACACAUCGCGAUGCAUUCUUCCAUUCGUCAACAUAUGCCGCCGUCGCUGGCUACAAUUAUCACGCUAUUCUCAUCGGGCAGGGCAAAAACCGUCAAUAUAGCUUUGAGCGGCGGAAUUCUGCUAAUGCAAUUGCGUAUGAUCUCAUCGAGCGCUUCGAGUAUGACCAUGACCUCACUAUUGAAUAUGACGCCAUUGCCGACGGCAAAUGGAGAGGCAUCAUGUCCACUCCAAAGUUCGAUAUGAGCACCGCCGACUGGCGGCCAUCUUCCAGAGAUGUCAUGGCAAACCUGUCCUUUGUACAGCUUCGUCAAGAUUUUGACUACGCUUUCGGUAAUUUAGGCAUCUACGUCGAGCAGUCGCGAGCUCCGUAUCUUCAAGGCCGUAUCUGCGCUUCCAUCAACCCUUCAAAACCUACCAAGGAUGGUUUGUCGCCCGUGAUGCGGCCUAUGGAGCCUCAUGGCCCUGCUUUCCGAUGGAUAGAUUUGUUCCACCGUGGCGACCACCGGAGACCCAUAAGAUGGUCCAUCAGCGUGCCAGAACCUUGGAUCAAUGUUUCCCAGGUAUCAGGGGAGGUCUCAGGCUCGAAGCCCGAAGAACGAGUUCAUAUCAGUAUAAAUUGGGAAUUGGUCCCGGCUACGUAUAAUCAAACGGUCCAGCUACGAGUGUUUUAUGGGCCUCCUGCCCACUUCGACGACGUCCACUUGCCUGUCAUCAACAUACGGGCUCCGAAGGAUUUUGCAGGUUUUCCUGAAGUGGAUGGCAUCAUCUCAAUCGAGGCGCCCCAUUAUCAACGGUCGUCCCUAACGCAGGAUACUGGUCGAAACAUUGGAUUCAGGGUUAUGCCAAGACUGGCCAGCCGCUCCGAAUCUGGAUCCGUUGCUCUAAGACCCUACCAAGCCGCUAUAGAGUCCGAAAGCGAUUCAAAAGCUUCUUGGUUGGAGUAUGACAUCUUUAUUCUGGGAAAUGCCACGCGGCCUGCCGUCAAUGCCACCAUAUACAUCAAUGGCGCGCUCGACACCCGUGCCGAUAAGCCCAUGCUAUGCUCUCUCAGUCUUCAAAAUGAGAGCAAACCCGCAAAUGACUUCUUCAAGAUCCUUGGGACGCCAGAAAAAGCUGGUGAUACUCUACCUGAGUGGAAUGCCGAGGUUGCGAACGGUGUCUGGACGCGGACGCUACAGCUAGGCAGCCUCAGCCCAGGUAAACACAUUUUGCGAUGGCAAGUCAACUCUCCAGAGGUGUAUCUGGAGAAAAUCGUCUUAGCUACUCAGGGCAGGCUACCAGAGACAAGCUUGGGCCCGCCUGAAACUUCAAGGCUUUAAUUGAAAAGUCCAGGUUGACGCUUUUAUCAAUGUGUCUAGCAAUUUUAUGGAUUUUCAAUUUUGUCGUACAAUACGUGAUUAGUGAGGGGAUUGUCAAGCUGUACCGAUUCAUCUCUUUCCCCGUGAAACCGACAAUUGCACCCCUGAUCCAAUCAACUCAAACAGCUCC